UUUCGUUUUGAAUGGUUCUAUAAGUAAUGAUCGAUAUUACCACUUCUUAUUAUUGCAUAGUGGUAUAAGACUUCUGUCCAAAGAGGGAUCGCUUCAAAGAGAGACAGAUAUUUCACAAAAAGUAUUGGAAGAUUUUGUAAAAUUUUUUUGGCACAUUAUAUGGUGACGAGCUAGUUACCUUUAAUGCCCAUGGACUUCUCCAUUUAACGGAUUGUGUCAAACAAUUUGGCCCACUGGAUUCUUUUUCUGCCUACAAAUUAGAAAAUUAUAUGCAGCAUAUUAAAAAAAUGAUCAAGAAGCUUAACAAAAUUUUGCAGCAUAUAUUUCUUAGGCUCCAAGAAAGACUAAGUCUUACGUCAGUUUUGAAGGGUUCUUCUAAAUUAGGGUGCUUCAGUAUUGACCAUAUGAAAGGGAAAGGCAGUUUUGGUUUCAGUAAAAAACAGGACCCAGCAAAUAAAGUAUUAAACAAAACCGCAAAUAUAUUUCCUAACUUAUAUAUUUUAGAUAUUUUGCCAAGAAUUAGCUAUGACGCCGUACAUGACCGUAUUUCCGAGUCCUCGGUGCAAAACGAUAUUCUGAAGACAAUGAGGGAGCUCGUGAACGCCCAAAGGGAGACAAAUACCCGACUGGCGAAAGUUGAGGAAAAUCAAUCCAUACUAAGCCAGGGGAUGGACGUACUUGUAGGCAAUCAAGAGAGGAUCGCUAUUGCGUUUGAGGAAAUGGAUAAAAACCCACAAACUAUGGUGCUAGCUAAGGGCAUAAGGGAGUGCAAAGUGGCCUUAAAAAAAAUUCUGUGACGUUUGUCGCAUGACUGGGGAAGUUGCAGACUCCAAAAUGGACGAAGUAGCUAGCAUGAUCCCCUUGCAUACUACCACAGCAGUGCUAGAAGUGGAACAAAGAUUGCAGUCACCAGACUUUGUUCAGACAAUGGUAACA